AUGAUGCUGCUUGGGUUUCCCUCCGGGGUGUGGAUUACAAUGGCCGUGGAGUUUACAGAGAGGCUGGGAUACUACGGAACUACUUUUAUGUUGAUGAUGUACUGCACGAGUAUGCUGCGUUGGAACCCGAGCACAGGAAAUGCUGUCAUUAACGGCCUAUACGCUGCCACACCAGCAGCCGCAUGCAUUUCCUCCAUUGUCUCAGAUGGGCAUUGGGGUCGUCCAUUUUCCCUUGUUGUUUCCCUGGCAACAUACGCAGGCGGACUGUCGUUGGUGGCUAUCUCGUCCUACCCUUUUAUGUACGAUAACUUUCCGCUAGAACCGACUGUCGGGAGUUUAAUUUUGUUUGCUUUUGGUAUCGCGUUUUUCGCGAUAGGGUAUGGUGGGAUGAAAGUGUGCACCAAUCCCUUGAUGGCCGAUAUUGUCUCGGAGGCCUACAAAGAUUCUGAGCAAGAACGCGAAGCUGUGGUUUCGCAGCUUUUUCGUUGGAUUUACGUCGUAACAAAUACUGGGUCCCUUGUUGGCAUCUUUGUGCCUCCGCUACUGCGCUCUUUGGAUAAGCGAAGUGUUAAGAUUGGCUCGGUGUUGUACACAACUGGUUUCUAUCUCGGAUUCACUGUAUCAGCAGCAUCGUGUCUCUUGGGGUUGUUGCUAUUUAGUGCCAUGUAUCGCCGGUUUCAUAAGAAUAAACCGGUGCCCGAGUUUGUGCUGGUACGCGUUUUUUUCCGUGCCAUUUGCAUGCGGUGGUACUUUGCCACUGGGCGUGUGCGUGAUGACGCGUUUCUGUCUGCGCACCGUUGGGACCUGUUUGACUACGCUGGCUACUCUGUUUUCAGAGACAAUUGCCCUGACGUGACGACAUCGCAUACUGUCUUGUUAAACCCUCCUGGUUCGUCAGUGGAACCAAGGAGUUCGGUGGAAAAGGGUCUUGGUGGAGCUCCAACAAGCAUUGACUGUGAGCCUCUAGCGCCUAAACCUGACGACGACGCAGCGAAGCAAGACGAAGAGUCAAGCCACCGCGUCUCACAUCACGCUGAUGAGCUUGAACAGGUGUGGGUGGAUGACGCAAAAUCUAUUGUUUCCGUCUGCCGUGUCCUUGUUGCAGUGCCCGUCUAUUGGCUAAUCACAAACCAGUUCAGCACCAACAUGAUUUUGCAGGCAUCAGCGACGAGUCUCCCACCGCAAAUUCCCCCAGAAAUCUUCAACAACGUCAAUACUGUAGCACUUCUUGUCUCGUUGGUGUUUUUUGACCGCGUCUUGUUUCCACGUAUGUUUCCUAACCGAUGCCCUCCUAUGCGAGGGCGUGUAGUGGUUGGAUGUGCCAUAAUGAUAAUUUCUAUGCUGUGGUGUGGCUUUGUGCAGCUGGGUAUAGAUCACCGUGGAAUGUAUGACGAGGAUGACUUUUAUCAUUUGUACCCUGGGAUGGAAAUGGUGCCCUCUGGGUGGUUGGUUCUACCCUACACGAUGCAGGGUGUCGCGAGCGCUUUGGUGGACACAACUAUCCUGGAGGUGACCUACGUUGCGGCGCCCACCGGCAUGAAAGGCGCCGUGAUGGGGAUGUAUCUUCUGGCUUCAAGCCUAAGCGGGUUUCUAGGCCUUGCCAUUUCACCAGUGUUGAGACCGACAAACGCUAAAUUGACAAUUUUUUCCCUGACAGGGGCGCUGGUACCGGUGACAAUCUUGUUUUAUUUUUUGAAUUCUCCCCCAGCUGGCACAAGGACACCCAGCGAGGCUCCCCCUGAUGACGCCAUGCAUAAGCAUGACACUGUACCCAAGUGCGAGGGUGACUCCUUGCUGAAUUGGGGUCGUUCACGCAUGGAAAGCUCGGGGCGCUAUGGUGGGGUUCCCCAACACGAAGACUCAGCACUACGAGAACCUGCAUCUGCAAAUCCUCCAGGUAGAGUAUAG